AUGUCCGGCGACGGAGCCUGCGAGGGAGUGCAAGGAGACAAUGCCAUCUCGCCUCCUUCUCCUGAAUCAGCCACUACUCCGCCCCUCAUCUCCCGUGCUCCUACGCCCGCUACGCCGUCAACGGCUCCUUCAGUCAGUCAGGACCGCUCGCAAGCUCCAAGUUCGGCGGUGGGAGUGGACUUGGCGGAGAUCUCGGACGUCAAGCAAAAGCGCAUACUGCGCGUCACCUACGAGGAAGUCUACGGGGACCAAGGCGUUGGCCUCAUUCUUCCGGUCGACGAGUGUCUCGAGUCGGAACUCGGGCUCGUUCAGGCGAGGGAGCUGGGUCUGCUACCCGCGUGCGGAACGACCGGCACGCCCUAUGCUGAAGAGGAGGACAAGGAGGGUCAAGCAACUGGGAGCAAGCAGGAGGGCGGAGACAGACCGAAGGACGCGGUGGUCGAGGUCCGCGAUGCAGACGCCAAUGCCGUACUCUCCGGCUCUCGCCACUCACAGCUCACUGUCGCCACGUCCAUCUCUGCCAGCUCGCCCGAACUCAAGCCGACCAGCUCGCACACUUCGAACGAGUCAGACGAGUGUCUACAGGCUCACCUGUUCAGCGGUGAGGUCGACUCUGCAACCGCACAAGCCGGGCCUGUACGAGCACUUGUUACUGCGCAAGAUAUCAAGACCAACACAAUUAUUCGCGUCGGCUACGAUCGCGGAGGAAAAUGGUGGGACCUCGGUUUCGCCCUCCCCCUCGACCUCCAUCCGCCCUCCUUCGACUCGCACGGCUUCGCCACCCCUCAGCUGUACCCAGAAUCGCCCCGUACUUCGCACGCGCCCAGCUUACGUCUCUCGAGCGCUCCUGUCGCAGGCGGCAGCCAGAGCGCCGUUUGGGCCACCUACCUUAAGCUGCCGACGAGCGAAGAAGACGUGCCCGUCCUCGCCAAACUCUCCGGCGACGAGCUAGGCGCGUACGAGCAGCUCGUCCGCGAACGGAAGAACUACGCUUUGAUUGGCGGCGGGCUCGAGGGCGUCACGCCUGUGCUGGUCGGCGCCUACGUCUUCGACCCCGAGUCGUGCCCGCUGGGUCGGCCGGCCGGACUGCUGCUCUUGACGGACGAGGGCGACCCCUUGAGCACUUUCGACGGACUCUCGGUGGCGCACAGGCUCUCGAUUGAAUCGCUUUACCUUCGCCUCCACGACGCCGGGCUUUGCCAGCGAGACCUGGUCCCCGGCAACGUUGUCUAUCGCCUCGACGAUCAAGGCAAGUUCGUCUUCCGACUGCUCGACCUCGGACGCGCUGCGCCAACCGAUCACGGCAUCGACAACUGUCGCUACCUCGCGCGCCUGAGGCUUCGACUCGAAGGCGGUUGGUCUGGCAGGACGAGCGAAGCGUAG